CCCACAAGCCACUGCCGUCUGGGUUCGGCGCCGUGGGCCGAGCCUCCCACGGUGAGGGGCGUGGGGCUGUAGCCAGCAGGUCAUAGGACAACAGAAGCUAAACCCAACGCACACGCAGAGGGCGAUGGCCGCCGAGACGCUCAAUUUUGGACCGGAAUGGCUCCGCGCGCUGUCCAGUGGGGGCAGCGUGGCCUCCCCCCCGCCCUCUCCUGCCAUGCCAAAGUACAAGCUCGCGGACUAUCGCUACGGCAGAGAAGAGAUGCUAGCACUUUAUGUCAAAGAGAACAAGGUCCCGGAGGAGCUCCAGGAUAAGGAAUUCGCUGCCAUUCUCCAGGAAGAGCCACUGCAGCCGCUGGCCCUGGUCCCACUAACGGAGGAGGAGCAG